AUGUCCGGCUCAGCGCAAGGAAGCAACGAUAUGAAGAAGGCCGUAACCAGCGACUCGAAGAACGGCGAGCAACCGCUGGCACCGGAGAAGAAGCCUGCGACACAACUUGAGGAGGAUGACGAGUUUGAGGACUUUCCUGUCGAAGGGCCAGACUGGACAGAAGAGGAGACCCAGAUCCCCAACGGCAACACACACCUGUGGGAGGAGAGCUGGGAUGAUGAUGACACGAAUGAUGACUUUGCUGUACAGCUUAGGGAGGAGCUGAAGAAGCUGGGCAAAUGA